AUGGCAUCCCUCAAAGCUGAGAAACCUACCGAUAAAUCUGGUAUCUCUCAACCAUCAGGACAGGUUAAGAAAGAGCCUGCUGCCAAAACUAGUGCAACCACUCCAAAAACUAGAGCCGCCAAAGCAGCAGCAGCACCAAAGAAAACUGAGCAGAAACCUCAGCCUAAGAAGAAGGCUAGCAGCAGUAAGCAGAAGGUAUCAAGUGAAGUUUAG